GCUACGUCUACCGCUACCGUCGGCGAUGCCGCAACUUUCUCACUUCAACGCGUACCUGGCAGCACUCGGGAAAACGGCUUUUCCGACUCCGACCAAGUCUGAUUUUUAAAAUAACUAAUUGUCCAAGAUAUCAUCCAUUACAAUUCAGAUGGCAUGAGGAUGGAUUGGGAGAAUAAUAUGCCCCUCUUAUAUAUAAAUAAUGGGAUUAUUUUAGGAUGAAGUCCUUUCCACCAAUAAUUCAACCAAUUUUGCCUUUGGAAGAUAAAGAAAUUAACAAUAACGAUAACGAAACCAAUAGACAUAAGUUUAAAGAUACUUCCAUACCCGUUCAUCGAUUGAAUAAGAAAAGUAAAAAUCAUCAACAUAUACACAAGCUGCUGAUUUCAUCUAAUUUAAUAUUUGACUUUCACAGUGAUUUAAAGGUCAUCAGGUCGACUAUGUACGAACCUGUACUGGAUCGAUGUGUCACUUCCACAAUUAUUAAACCCAGUCGACAUCCAACAGAUGAUUUUUUGAUUAACGAAUACGGGGAGAACAAUGACCUGGAACCACCACCUCCUGAAAGACCUCCCAGGCGGCACGGCAAAAUUUCAAAGCAGAAUGGUAGCCAAGAAACCAAUGCAUAUCUAUCACCUGUCAAAAUGCGACCGUCCAAUGGCGACACGACCACUAUCGACGUCGAUCACAUGAAGCUGACCAAUAAUAAGAAUAAGAAAGUCGACGCUUCCGUCCAAACGUUACACAUAGUACCUUACCGACUCCGGUUCGUCCCAGGAACGGACUGCGACGUAAAACUCAGUCCUUCCGAAAAGAGCUGUGCCCUUAAGUUAGCAUGUUGCUGUAGACUUCUUAGCCAAUGGAUUUUGUCGCAGAUAGGGUUGAGCAUGAUCUUAGUGGUUUGGGCAUUGCUUGGCGCGUAUGCCUUUUAUAAUACAGAAGGUCCCAGGGAGCUUCGACAAGCUGAAACACUAGCGAAAAUUCAAAGGGAUCUCUCAGUAGAUUUAGCUAUAGACCUCAAAAUGACUGAAGAUCACCAAGAAGCGUGGUCGAAUAAGAUACACAAAUAUUUCGAAAGACACGAAAAAGUCUUUCUUGAAGCAGUCGGAGCUGGUUUCGGAGAGGGAGGUGGCGGAAAUAUUUGGACGUAUCCUGGAUGUGUUCUUUUUGCCGUUUCUCUUCUUACAACAUUGGGUUUCGGCGCUCCAGUACCAAGAACACCUCUAGGACGAGGAACAGCUGUAUUAUUUGCAGCAAUAGGAAUUCCUCUUCAUUUUCUGUUAAUCCUAAACAUGGGAAAUUUAUAUGCCAUCAGACUUCAACAGCUGGCAUAUCGAAACUCCCUUACAGAAAUACCUUCAACUCCUAAACCUAAAUGGUUACAAUACUUCCCUUUUCUCUCUAUCGUAGUGUAUUAUAUACUUGGUGUAAUUCUUUUCGGCGUCUUACGGCAAAGAGACGCGAUUAGUUGUCUGAUGUUCCCUUUGGACUUCACAGCGGCGGGGGGAGUUGCGAACGUCGAAGGGCACAUCAGAAUAUUAUACGCCCUGUAUUUAGAAAUGGCUGUGACAUUGGCUGCUACUAUCGUUUCGUUGUUUCAAGCUUCAGCAAGCCGAGGAAUCGUCGACAUAGGUUUGAGGCUAGGAUUGCUGACGAAUACUUGAGAGCAAUUUAUUUGAAAUAGUGUAAAUAAUUGAGUGUUUUAGGAGUACAAAACAAAAUCGCGCACAUAUCUCUGGAUCAGAUUACCUCGCUUGAUCGUUUGAAUGCACAAAUCUUACUCGAAGGAUUUGCACUAGACUUUAGAUAUAUAUUCAUACCAAACUGGUUUUAACUGGAAAUUACACUCACUGGCACGAAAAACGGGCACCCCUUGAAUUUAUGAAAAGACUUAGAAAUAUACUUUAUUUUUUAUUGUGACUAUCGGCGAUUUACAAGCUCUGAUAGAAAGUUUUAAGGCAUGUUUUAGACAGAAAAUGCGCUCGAAAAUUAUCUUCAAAAAUAAAAAUAAUAAAGAAACCUAUACAAAUUACUUCUCGAUAUAAUUAGUACAUCAUAUUAUUUCCUCGAACCUGUAGAACAGCAUUUAUUCUUCUGGGUAUACUUUUAAUUAACUUUGAAACUUCAUUAUGUGGAAUUGUUUCCCAUUUCUCUAAAAGAGCGACGUUGAGUUGAUCUAAUGCAAAAGGAGCAAGUACCCGACUUCGAAUACUUCUGCCAAGCCUCUACCAAACAUGACGGAUGGGAUUUAAAUCGGGACUGUCAGCUGACCAUGCCAUAUGGGUAAUAUCAACUUCAUUUAUGAAUUCCCUGACGAUGUGGAGGACGUUAAGCACGAUAAUAAUAAACACUUUCUACAUCAAUACAGUUCACCAUGAAAAAUGCUACAUCUUCACAAGACUUCUGGUCUGGACGGUGGGGACAUUACAAUUACAAUCAUCGCAAAUUUGUAUUAGGGCCAGGCUGCAUGUGUUAGCGUUAGGACUCAGUGCUCUAAAGAAGUAAAAAUCAAGGGUGGAGUUCGACAAGGCUGUAUAUUGUCACCAAUAUUGUUUAAUCUUUAUGUUGAAAUAAUCUGAAAUGAAAUGUUGGAAAACGCAAAAGAGGGCAUAAUCAUUAAUGGCUUGCUUAUGAACAAUAUCAGAUACGCAGAUGACACCUUGUUAGUGACAGGAUCAAUUGAACAUCUUCAAGCGUUAUUAAACCGAAUGGUGGCGAUCUGCGCGAUAUAUGGACUCAAACUCAACGCAAGAAAAACAAAGUUUUUGGUUAUUAGUAAACAGGCAGCAGUAAGUAAUAAUAACUAUAACGUAACAAUUGAUAAUUACUCAAUUGAACGCGUAAGUUAUCUUGUAUAUCUGGGUACUCGUAUUAAUGAAAGCUGAAACACUAGUAUAGAAAUAAAAAGUAGCCAAAGCAAGAAAAAGUUUUAUGAAAUUUAAGAAAAUCCUGUGCAGUCAUGAUCUCAAUGUGGAACUUCGCAUAAGAAUAAUUCGAUGUUAUACAGGGUGUCCAGAAACUCUACCGACAAACUAAGACAAGAGAUUCCUCAGAUAAUUUUAAGAGAAUUUAACCCAAUUCACCUAGUCCGAAAAUGCUUCCUAAGGGAGCUAGAGCUCUUUGAAGAUGGCGUAUUGUAAUUAGUUUUUCCUAAAGAACACUUCUAUUGAGAAGAACAAAAAUUGGUUAACAUAUUUAUCUUCCAGAGAUAAAUCGAUUCCAUGCAUUGCGAAUUUCUAGUACCGGUCAUAGGCGUCCGUUUUGGGUAGGGCAACAGUUAUUUUAUCGCACAACUUUUUUAUCUUUAAUUUUUAAUCAUUUUUGACACUGGAUUAUUAAAUAGUGAGAUAUUUUACAACUAAAAGGUACUCUUGUUUUAAGUCGAUAGGAUACACCGUUUUCUAGAAAAAUCGAUUUGAAAAUUUUUCUUUUUUUUAAUUUCCAAAAAAAAAUUAAAAAAAAAAACUAUUUAGAAAUCCGAAAACUAGUAAUUUUAUUUAUAUUUCAGAGAUGAAUCAAUUUCAUUAAUUGCGAAUUUCUAGUACGGGUCAUAUGCGUCGCUUUUGGGUAGGUCAACGGUUAUUUUAUCGCAUACUAUUUUUGUCUUUAUUUUUAAGCGUUUUUGACUCUAGAUUAUUAAGUAAUGAGGUAUUCUAGUACUAAAAGUUACUCUUGCUUUAAAUUGGUAAAAUACACCGUUUUUGUUUUAAUUUUUCAAAAUUUUUUUCAAAUUCAAAAAACGAAUAAUUUUUUCAAAUCGAUUUUUCUAGAAAACCGUGUGUCCUACCGACUUAAAGCAGGAGUACCUUUUAGUACUAGAAUACCUCACAAUUUAAUAAUCCAGUGUCAAAAAUGCUAAAAAGUUAAAGACAAAAAACUUAUGUGAUAAAAUGACCGUUGCCCUACCCAAAAUGGACGCCUAUGAUCGAUACUAGAAAUUGGCAAUGGAUGGAGUCGAUUUAUCUCUGGAAGAUAAAUAUACGCACCUAUUUUCAUUUUUCUAAAUUGAAGCGUUCUGGAGGUAUUUAAGAAAAACUAAUUACAAGACGCCAUUUUCAAAGAGCUCUAGCUCCCUUAGAAAGCAUUUUCGGACUAGGUGAAUUGAGCUAAAUUGUCUUAAAAUUAUCUGAAGAAUCUCCUGUCUUCGUUUGUUGGUAGAGUUUCUGGACACCCUGUAUAUUCCCCGUACUACUUUACGGGGUUAAAGCAUAUACCAUGACAGAAUCGCUUUUAAAAAACCUAGAAGCAUUUGAGAUGUGGGUCUACCGCCGUAUUCUGAAGAUCAGUUGAGUAGAAACAGUCACAAACGAAAGGGUUUUGCAACGUUUGAAUAAAAGUUGUGAAGUAGUGAAUACGGUUAAAAGACGUAAAUUGGAAUACUUUGAUCAUACAAUGCGUCACCCAGAAAAAUAUGACAUACUUCACCUUGUCAUGUAAGUACACUGUUGGCCGCCGUACAACUUCUUGGCUUAAAAACCUACGCCAAUGAUUUGAGAAAACUAGCACUGAACUAUUUCGUGAGGCUGUAAAUAAGACAGUGAUAGUUAAUAUUCUGGGCAACAUGAGAGCCAACAAUAGACAAGCGGUCUUGGCACCUUAAGAAGAAGAAAAUAUCAAUAAACAUAAAUGUAGUGGUAAAAGCAAUUGUGCAAGUGCGCAGCCUCCUUGUAACGCUGAAGUAAUUUAACAAUAUCGGGAAAACUUCAAUUUAAACGAUAUUUCCGGUUAAUAACUAUCUUUAAGGAUUUCUGCUAAACCGUGCUCAGUGUUUGCCAAUUUUGUAAGAAGAACCGAAAAAAAUCAAAGUCAGAGCAAUUUCAUUAGAAAUUAAUAAGGUGCUCGUUUUUCGUGCCGGUGAGUAUAUUAUUACUACGUACUGUCUAUCCCAGUUAACUGAAAAUAGAAAUUUUACAAUGAGGUUAAAACAGAUCUGUUUUCUGCAUGAAGCUCUGGUUAUAAAUAUCUUGUAUAGCUUGGUUACGUUGCAUAGAGCGCUUCGUGUAGUAAAACAGACCCGUUAAAUAAUAUAUUUGCACCUCCUCGUAAAAUUUCAAUUUUCAAUUGACUUUGGAUAGACAGUACUUAAAUUGCUUAUUAUACAUUUAAGACUUAAAAUGUAUUAUUUUUAUUUUGGGUACUUGACAUACGCCCACCGCUGAUUAUAAUUAUAAAUAUAAAUUAUUUGUCUAUUAGGUAUUUUUAGUAUAGGGUGAAAACAAUAAGAUGAAAAUAAUAAUAUCCAUUCCAGUUCACCUAGUACGUCCAGAUUCAAUUGUGUUGUUUUUUUUUUCAUUAUAGUUGUAAUUUUUUAAAACAUCACUAAAAUUGCUGACUCAUGUAGUGGUUGUUCUGGAUAUAGUUAGUUAGUUAGAUAUUGUUGAUUAUGUGCUCGAUUAAAUGGAAAUUAGGCACACUUUCAAUUGAAAAUACAUUUUUUCUACGGCCGUGCUAAAUCAGCCACGCAUUUUGUUUCUGAAAGUGGCACUUUUCCGCACGCCGUGUGGGAAAGUAAAUUUUCCCGCACGGCGUGCGAGAAAGUUGAAUACCUUCUAAUAUGGCAUUAUAAUAUACUAUAAUACAUGCAAUAAACUAAUAUUUAGAUAUUAUUUACUAAUUUAUUUUAAAUUUAUCUUAUUUUGUUCAUGUUUUAAUGAAAUUAGCGAGAUAAUUCGAUGAAAAUAAUAUUAUUUUGACAUAAUAUUUAAAAGUCAAAUCAGUAGACAAUUACAAUGGUUUUGAUUCGUCGCCAUGGAACCAAUAUCAUCGUCGUGGUUACCAAUUAUAUUGAAAGUUUGGUUUUGACAACCUUGGCCAAAGAAUUAAUUUGUGUAUUUUCACUUCUAAAUAAAGAUUGAUAUAACUUUAUUCUUUGCGACUUUUUUCCAAACGUACGGCCCUAGAAAAAAUAUUGUUCCUAACUCAUGCGGAAAGUGUCUUCCCCGCACUCGACUGCUUGCCCGAACUCCGCUAUCGCGUCGUUCAGGUCAACGGCAGUCUCGUGCGGGAAAAUAUCACUUUCCGCACUAGUUAGGAAAAUAACUAUUUCUGUUUGACAUUUUGAUUGACUCUUAGCCGAUGGUGCUCAAUUUAAUAUAAAUACGAUUAACACAAUAAGUUUAAUACAAAUUAAACUAAGAACGAUUUGCAAAGUAGAAAUCUUAGUGUACAAAUUAAAGUUGUGUUUAAUUCCCAUUAGAUAUAGCAGGAAACAUGUAAAUGCCACAAGAAAAUAGUUUCAGAACCAAAUGAAUGUCUUAUAAUUUAAUACUCAUAUGAUUUUUAAUUAAAAUUUUCCAAGCUU